GUGAGAGCUGAAAUUCAAGCAAGAAUACCAGACCCUGUCACCUAUUCACCAACAGAGGCACCACACACAGCCUCACCAGACCACCAUGGGACAGACUCACCUCCCCUCAUGCCACAGCCUCUGAGAGCCCAACCCCGAUGUCUGACGACUAUGACCUUCAAGAUUUCAAAGACUCAAACCAGGUACAGUCAAUACCAGUUAGAGGAGACAGUAUGUCCCCCUUGCAGCUCCCUGUCUUACCCACCAGUCGCUCGCGGCCUCCACACCUUGACAUCAGUCAUGGGGGAGGGGCGGGGUCUGGCCAAGGUGAGAUCAGCAGCAGCGGUGACAGCGCUAGUGGGAGUGAGGUGGGAGCGGUGGUGACCCCGACACAGGUGUGGGUGGAAACCACAUCAGCACCAUCGCAGCUUCUAGCGAUCACUUCAAAAGUGGUCAAUCCAGAAGUUCUCACCCCAGAGCCAAGCAUCCCAGACGAGACCGGACAGGUGGGGCAUCAACCCGCAGUUGUUUUUAAAGAGGAUGUCACCCCUGAGGCUACAGCGACGUUCGACCCCUACCAAUCACUGGCCCUUCCGGUAGAUGGGGAGUCAUCAGCCAAACCACCUAUCCAUCUCAUCAUUGUCAAUGUGCACGAGAAAAAUCAAUCAGUUGACGCAAUCAUGAACAUCUUGAAUAAGCCUCCGAACGGCAUUGGUGGCAUCCACUCCAACUUCCCCCAGAUCACUGACCUCUCCCAGGUGACCAGGGAAACUGUCCCGGGCAGCGGAGACAUCGAGUCUCCUGUCAACCUCCCUCCCACUGUCAGCUUUAUCAAUGGAAAACAUGAGGUGACAUUACAGCCAGAGGAGCCAAAGGAAGCUAGAGGAGAUCAGUUUGAGACAGCCUCUCCUGUUCAGGGAGAAAAGAGCAUGACUCCCUUUGACUACAGCAGCAUAGACACCCACCCAGAGGAGACACCUACAGAGGAAACCAGUGAAAUAGUCACUUAUCCUAAAGGUGCAUACCAAGAUUUAGUUACAGGCUUGGGCACUGAUGCCUACACAGAGCUUGAUGUCUCUGCUGACAUAGAGGAAGUAAAAACUCAAGAACCAGGUGAUCAGACGGCAAUAAGAACCACCGCGACCCCAUAUACUCUCCCUGCCUCGUCACCAGAACCCACCACACAAUCAGGCCCAGUUGCCGCUGGCGUAUCCCGGCCUGUGACAGAUGGGGUCUCCACCUACGCGGACAUGGAAGGCUCUGCAAGUCAUGCCACUGAUCACGGGGCCGGCAAUACGCAGGAGGGCUCUGCAGACGAUGCUCUGCCCACCCCAUCUGCAGGCAGCCAGUCCGGUGUGAUGACUGAUGAGACGGAAAUCGGAUGGACGGAGCUUCCUACUCUUCUCCCAGACACACGGUCUCUGGAAACCACUGUACAAACCCAGACGGGUAACUUUGAAGGGUCUGCCUCUGGAGAAGACGAGGCUUCAGGACAAGACGUGUACCCACCCGAGAUGCCAAGGUUUACCACCGUGCUACCACCCAUUCAUUCCACCCUUUACACCCAGCAGCCUCCGCCUGCAGUGGGUACCGAAGUCUCAGACGUUCCUUUAGUUUCACCUGCUGUUGACACAGUCACAGAAACAGGUUCAGGUGCAGAGCAGCUGCCCUUGGAGGGGGAGGUUUCUGGGGAACAGUGUGAGCUGGUUGACCUUCCUAGAGAGGUCACUGUCUUACCAGAUGUGGCAGCUGUGACUUUUGUAGACUCACAAACCACACUCGUUACAGACGUAAAGGACAUGACCUCAGAACCUAGCACACCAGAAUACUCCACACGCACCCCUCUUGCUGACACAGACGAUGAGGAACAUCCCGCUUUUGUCACCGAGCCUUCACCCUCAACCCCUGAAGACCACGUCCCUCGCCACACCGAGCUUUACAGAGAGCAGUCCACAACCACCACCUCCACGCAGUUUGUAAUCCAGCCGAUACUUUCCUCUACUUCGCCCUUGUACACAUUCGACUCCAGCCCCCACUCCAUUCCCAAGUGGGCUCUGAGCCCUGACCCUGCUGCCACCACUCUACCACAGGACUACGACUAUGAGAAACAGCUAGUCCCUCUUUUGGAGUCGCGCCCUCAGAGACCAGAAGAGACCGCGGCCACAGAGCGACCAGAGAGUGGCACUGGCACAGCUUAUUCUGCGGAGGCCAGCACUGUGAAUGUCAGAGAUCUGCUGCCAUGCUCAGAAAGUGUGUGUCAGAACGGAGGCUCUUGCUACAAAAAAGGAGUGCAAAAUAUAUGUGUGUGCGCACCUGGAUACACUGGCCAGCACUGUGAAACAGAUGUUGAUGAGUGCCAGUCUAACCCGUGUCUGAAUGGAGCCACCUGUCUGGAUGGAGUCAACUUCUUCACCUGUCUCUGCCUGCCCAGCUACGCAGGAGAGCUCUGCGAACAAGACACUGAGGUUUGUGGAUUUGGGUGGCAGAAGUUUCAGUCUCACUGCUAUAAGUACUUCACACACCGCCGCACCUGGGACGCUGCUGAGCGGGAGUGUCGGCUGCACGGCGCCCACCUGGCCAGCAUCCUGUCACAGGAGGAGCAAAUCUUUGUCAAUCGUCUGGGCAGUGACUACCAGUGGCUCGGCCUGAACGACAAGAUGUUUGAGAGAGACUUCAGAUGGACUGACGGCAAGCCAAUGCAAUACGAACACUGGAGGCCGAACCAGCCCGACAGCUUCUUCCAGUCAGGAGAGGACUGCGUGGUGAUGAUCUGGCAUGAGGAUGGACAGUGGAACGACGUGCCCUGCAACUAUCACCUGACUUUCACCUGCAAAAAGGGAACAGUGUCGUGCGGGCAACCCCCUGUGUUGAAAAAUACUCGCGUGUUCGGAGCCACGAAGCCUCGCUACGAGAUCAAUUCCCUGCUCCGUUAUCACUGUAAACAGGGAUUCAUCCAGAGACACCCCCCCACUAUACGCUGCCGGGCCAAUGGCCAAUGGGACACACCCAGAGUCACGUGCACAAACCCCGCAACCUACCACAAGUCAUUUGCUCUCCGGCAUCGCAUCAGCCAGAAUAACGGGCAACUGAACUGGCACCAUAACCACCACAUCCAUCACACCAAGACUCAUCAGAAGUACAAUCAAAACCAAGAGCAAAAACAAAGUUACAGAGUCUUUCAGAGCUUCUUGAACCCUCUCCAAGUCCAGGAGCGGCUGAGGGAGAAGAGGCAACCGCGGGUCCAAACACAGCACGAGCAUGAGAUGAGACACUGAUUGGGUUUGUGGUUUUGUAAUUCAGCUUAGCAGCAGGCUGGCCACGUCGGUCCAGAGGCAUCGAUAGACAGAGAGACUCACCAAACUGUCUAUCUAUGGCUCUGGAAAGGACACGGGAGAUGUUUCGCCAGGGCAAAAACACUCCAGGAUCUGAACCAUAACAGAAUCAUAACUUAGUAUCAUUGUAAAGUUAGCUCACUGAUUGUAUCAAGUCACAAUGCUCUAAACACGAAGACCGGUGCCCUGAUGGCUUCACCGGGUGCUUCUCCUAACAGUAAAACACAACACGAGUGCUCUGAGUCAUCAGCUCUCGUGUUCCCUUUCUCUUAUGUCCAUGACCUGACAGAGGUUCUGAUAACACAGUCUGUCCAGCCAGCGAAAUCGUAUGUUAAAGCUGCCCAGUGGAGCGUCUCUGUAAACACGUUAUGUUUACAUUUCUCACCAUCACUUCAUAUCCUUGAGGUCUCUUAACUUUGUUGAAAGCAUUUCCUUUGCAACGUCUGGUAGUCGAGAUAGUGAGUGAAACUGGUAGCAAGGUUUCUAUUAUUCCAGUGUUAUCUUAUAGACCACAAAGCCUGACUGACUGUUGUUUAAUGAUAAAUGUUGGAAUGGAAACAUUUCAGUAGGAAUUGUUUAUUUAAAAUGACAUUGUUGUUUUUUUUACGACAGUGGCAUUGAGCUGUGCCGUGUAGAUUAUCAGAAAUCUCUCUGACAGAUGCUCCAAAUAGGGAUGAAAUGGUAUGAAAAUUUCAUAUCACGAUUAUAGUGGCCAAAAUGAUCACGGUUAUCAGUAUUAUCACGGUAUUGUAAAAAUGUGCCGAAAAAGAUUAAAAUGUAGUGAUAUACACACUGAAACCAUUUCAACAGAUUUUAUAUUGAAAACUACGAAUACAAUUGCCAUUUUGUUUGCAUAAAAAAUAAAAUAACAGCAAAUACCUUUUGGAAACAUAUGAAAAUCAUCUUAGUGUUAUCAAGAUUUUACACCAAAUGUAACACCAAAAUGUGUGACCUAUCAGAUUCUGUGACUACACCCAAACGACGAUGCUUUCCUAAACUCAACCAAGUACUUUUGGUGCCUAAACCCAACCAAACUGCAACCGCUUCACAUCGUCAACAAAGUCUCUGGUGCUUAACUUCCCAUUUGGGUCGCAGAAUCUGAUAGGUCACACAUUUUGGUGUCACCGGCACACAGUAGCAAGCAUAUUAUCAUAUGUAGCGCUGUACUAAUUGGAGGAUACAUCAAAAAGCCAAUAAUACUAAACAAAUAAGCAGCAGUCAAUACAGAGUCUAAUUCUAGUUGAACAUGUUCGCGGGUCGCGGCCUCAACCUGUUAGUUCAAAACUGCGGCGGCUGAUGGUGAAGUGCAGCCAUCCUGUCAGUCAUGCGGUGUGCAGCGUAGUUCAUUAGGAAAGUAUGUUCAUUUAAGUCUGUUUAUCUUUUGAAUUUAAAUAAUAGUAGGUACUAUUUAUAAUGAAAAAUAUAAUAGUUGUUAAUAAAUGAAUUAGUGACCCCCACAGAUGCAGGAUUUUACUGCUUCCUUUGGAGCUCAGACCUCCUUAUGGUAGCUGAGCUCCCACUGGCUCCCACGUAACUCGAACCCUGGUACCUGCAAUGAGCCCGAAAACUGAUAUAAAUACAGAGGAAUCUGUGACGUUUCUAGAUAUGCUGAUUGGUUGAACUGCAUAACGUGUUAUCAUGUUCAGUGGACGAAUAGACUCUGCCGACGCACACAGAAACAGAACAACGUGAGGCGUUUUUAUAUACAGUCUAUGGU